CAUCUCCUAAAUGUGAUUUCUGCUCUCCAUCUCUACAUCAUACAGUGAAUGAGAGCAGAGAAACACCAAGCGGCUGUAGUAUCCCACGGCCCCACGGGUGAUAAUUUCGUGAGUUUUUAAAUGAUGUUUCAAAAUAUGCACUGUUUGAGAUAGGUGAGAAUCUGGAAUCGGUUAAGAGAUGAGUGAGCUGAUGGUAUUAUCCAAACUCAUCAAUACACCCAACCGUAGUUUCAAAAAGGUGGACAAUUGAGAUGUUAGGAUGUUAAAAAGCUGUCUAACACUCGCUCGAAGCAUAGCGUAAGGGAGUCCCUUCCUUCAAGGUGGUAACCCUUAUCAAAUGGAAGACAUGGAAGCGCAGAGCUUAACUGGUUCCAUAGAAAGUCAAAAUUGUGCCAGGCCAGAGAUUCAUGACUGUGUCAUCAAGCUGAGGGAGAAUCCUCAAAGGCGGAAAAAUGAAGUUUUUAUCGGCUGUGGUGCUGGUUUCGGAGGCGAUCGACCAUUGGCAGCCCUAAAGUUGCUUCAGAGGGUAAAAGAAUUAGACUAUCUUGUAUUGGAGUGUUUGGCAGAACGUACCCUUGCCGACCACCAUCGGUCAAUGAAGUCUGGUGGCAAGGGCUAUGAUCCCCGUAUAUCUGAAUGGAUGCAAUUGCUCUUACCCUUGGCUGUCGAGAGAGGAGUUUGCAUUAUUACCAACAUGGGUGCAAAGAAUCCUUCCUGUGCUCGCGAUGAGGUCUUGAGAGUUGCAAGCAGAUUGGGCAUCAACAUCACUAUCGGUUUGGCCUAUCAGCAUAGAGUCUUGAGAUCAGGUUUAAAGGAUGUUCUGAGAGAUGAUGAUGCUGAUGUUAGUACGUAUCUGGGAGCAGCUCCCAUUGUUGAGUGUCUUGAGAGAUACGGACCAAAUGUUGUUAUUACUUCUCGAGUUGCAGAUGCUUCCUUGUUCUUGGGUCCAAUGGUAUAUGAGUUGGGCUGGAAUUGGGAUGAAGUGAACCUGUUAGCCCAAGGUUCACUGGCUGGCCACCUGUUAGAAUGUGGUUGUCAGCUCACUGGAGGAUAUUAUAUGCAUCCAGGAGACAAAUACCGAGACAUAUCAUUCCAAGAUCUACUAAAUUUGUCUCUCCCAUUUGUGAGGGUUAAAUAUGAUGGUUCAGUAUGUGUGGCAAAGGCAGAAAAUAGUGGCGGGCUACUAAACUCUAGCACUUGUGCGGAGCAGCUUCUCUAUGAGGUUGGGGAUCCUGGAAAAUACAUCACUCCUGAUGUGAUUGUAGAUUUCCAAGAUGUUAUAUUUCAACCACUGUCGAAGAAUAAAGUUCUCUGCAUUGGAGCGAAACCAUAUAUACAAGCAAUACCUGAUAAGUUGUUACUGCUGGCUUCAAAGGACCAGGGGUGGAAAGGCUGGGGAGAGAUAUCGUAUGGGGGUUAUGAGUGUGUAAAACGUGCUGAAGCUGCUGAAUUCUUGGUAAAAUCAUGGAUGGAAGAAAUUUAUCCAGGUGUCAACAAACAUAUCAUUUCGUACAUAAUAGGUUUUGAUAGCUUAAAAGCAAUGAGCAUGGACAAUAAGGCGGCAAGACAUUGUGAGGAUAUUAGACUUCGGAUGGAUGGCCUAUUUGAGGAAGAGGAAAUAGCUAUACAGUUUACAAGAGAAUUCACAGCUUUGUAUACUAAUGGCCCAGCUGGUGGUGGUGGUGUCAGUACCGGUUGGAAGAAAGAGCUUAUUCUGGAGAAAGAAUUGGUGAGUCGCGAAGAUGUACAAUGGGGCAUCUCAGCGAUGGACAUGUGUAUCACUACAUCAAACGCACAGACCGAUGACCUCCAGAAAGUUGUGCUUGCCAGCGAUAAGCACUGUCAUGAAACAUUCUCCAAAGAAGAAGGCACAAUCAGUGAUUUUCGAGAUCCACAGCUUAAUUGCUGCUCUCCAGCUCCGUCUGGAACAAUGACCCCCCUCUAUGACAUAGCCCACAGCAGGGCUGGUGAUAAGGGGAAUGACCUCAACUUCUCCCUUAUCCCGCAUUUCCCGGCAGAUGUUGAAAGGCUAAAGAUCGUUAUAACUCCAGAUUGGGUGAAGGAAGCUGUCUCACCACUUCUAAAUCCCACGUCGUUUCCAACUUCAGAUGAUAUUGAACUAAGAAACCAAUGGGUCAGCGAGAAUGUCAAGGUGGAGAUCUAUCAAGUCAGGGGUAUUCAUUCUCUGAAUGUUGUAGUCCGUGACAUCCUAGAUGGUGGUGUCAACUGUUCACGAAGAAUUGAUAGACAUGGAAAGACUGUAUCAGAUCUCAUAUUGUCCCAACAUAUCAUGCUGCCUCCAUGAUCGGGGAAAGACAAAAUACAUUUAUAUCAUGAAUGUUUUUUUGUGCAAAGCAUUAUUUUAACAUGACACUGGAACUCAGCGAUUUGUUAUUUCAGCUAUUUGUUAAUUCUGUGCAAGUAGUGCAUGAAGGGUUCUGGACACGGUCUUGGUUCUGAAUUUGGCCCGUGUAGGUAUUGCUCCACCCCAUUCCCAACCCCCAAUUGUGUCUGGACAUGAACCAGCCAUUGGCCAUAUGCCAGACCAGGCUGCAUUUGCAAUUGCAACAGGGCUGCCACAAACAUUAUUUUCACAUACCAUCUCUUGGGUCAUUCACCUCUUGAUUUGAGUAUGACCGUAGUACCAUGGUUUGUAACAAUCCUAUCUAUUUUUUAUUGGCUAAAGGGUCAAAUAGGUACAUGAACUAACUUAAAGUGUUCAAUUAGCCCCUUAUAUAGGAGGUUCUGCUCGGCCGUCGCCAAUCGGGGCGGUUUCCGGUUGAAUUUUUUGAUAAAAUUUUUUGAGCAUCUUCUUCAUUAAGUCUAGUUUACCCAUAUCAAAUUUCAGCUAAAAAUUAAAUCGAGAAGACAGUCAAAUGAUUUUCCGAAAUGUACUGUGCUGUUUAACUGCACAGUUAUCUUCAAAAAAUCAUUUGACUGUCUUCCCGGAUGAAUUUUUAGAUGAAAUUUGGUAUGGGUAAACUAGACUUAAUGAAGAAGAUGCUCAAAAAAUUUCAUCAAAAAAUUCCACCGAGAACCACCCCAAUUGGCGACGGCUGGGCAGAACCUCCUAUAUAAGGGGCUAAUUGAACACUUUAAGUUAGUUCAUGUACCUAUUUGACCCUUUAGCCUUUUUUAUUUGAUCAUUGUAACAAGUCUGAUAAUUAUAGUAAUUCAAGGAAUCAACUCUUC